UUGCCCCCCCCCCCGAUAAAAUGCCCGAUAAGGAAAUGAAGGGAAAGGGCGCAGCUCAAAAUCAACUCCAGCGACGCACGGGCUCCCUCUCAGAAGGAGGACGACCCAGGCGGCCUUGAUGUUUCCCCAUCGGUGGCAGGCGCGAGAUUUGCUGGAUCUCGUUCAAACCGGUGGGACUUUGUCCAGGUUCCGAUUGAAAUUUCGAAAUUGAAGCGACACAUCAUGAAGGAGCCGCAGCAAAGCAAAGAGACCCCCCCGAUGGUCGACUUUGACCAAGCCUGGCCCCUCCAACCCGCCGCUCGUCUCUGCCUUAACGCCUUGGACUUCAGCGACCUCUGGGAUGAGGAAGACGUGGACGCUGACGGCGCAGAACGGGAAGCAAGCGACUCCAGCAGGGAAGGAUUCCGCGGCGUCUCAGCACCUCUGCCGCCCCCUCCUCCUCCUCUCGACCCCCAAAUCUUCACGGGCUCCCCCAAGAGCGCUUCCCCUAAAAGCGGCACCCUGAAGCUCCACUGGCGGCCGCUGCAGAACGUGGCCCCGCUUCCCAGGAAGACUCGUUUCGGGACGCAGACCAUCUGGAGUGCGCUGGAGCCGGUCCAUUUGGAUACGGCGCGACUGGAGUUCCUGUUUGAAUGGAAAGGCAAAAACCCUCGCUUGAGUCUCGCUUCUGGCCAGCGGAAACAAGCCUCGGUCUCGGCGUUGGCGAUGAAGAGGAGUAACAACGUCAGCAUCACCCUGAGCGCCCUGCCUCCCCUUCACCUCCUCCCGCCUGCAAUUCGAAGCAUGGACGGCACCGUCCUGGACCGCGAGGACAUCCAGCGACUUCGGACUCUGAUCCCAACGGAGGAGGAACUAAGUCUGAUCAAGGAGGCCAAGGCCCAGAAUCCGAACUCCCGUCUGGCCCCGGCCGAGCUCUGCUUACUGGCUUUGGGGGAGAUCCCUCACCUGGACCGCAGACUUCAGCUGUGGGCCUUCGUGUUGGAUUACGACUCCUUGGAGCAGGAAAUCGCCAAGCCUCUCUUCUACCUGAAGCAGGCCAUGGAGCAGCUGGCCGCCAGCCAGACCUUCAGACAUGUUCUCGCGACGGUGCUGGCCAUCGGGAACUUUCUCAACGGACGUAAGGCCCGCGGUUUCGAGUUGAGCUACCUGGGCAAGCUGUCUCAAGUGCGGGACACUCGUUCUCGCCAACCUCUGCUCCAUCACGUCUGCGUGCUUCUCCUGCAGCUCUACCCGCAAUCCUCGGACCUCUACUCGGACCUGACGACCGUGAGCAAAGCCGGCAAGUGCGACUACUCCUCGGUCCUCGCCAACCUGGACCGCCUUGAGGCCCUGUCCAAGAGAUCAUGGGAGCAGUUGAAGGUUUUGGAUAAAGCGGACGAUUUAAAAUGGGCAAAAGGGGGGAAGAGACGACUUGUCGGUGGAGGGGAAAGUCCGGGGCUCUGCGGCACGCUUCGUCACGAGCUACCAAAUCUUCUGGAAGAGUGCGAGGACAGGACCAAGGUCCUGAGAGCCGUACAUCGUCGGGUUAUCAACAGGUUCCACUCCUUCCUUCUGUUCCUGGGCUACUCCAGAGCGAUGGCGCGAGAAACCAGAGCCGAGGACUUCUGCAAAACCAUCAGUGACUUCUCUCUGGAGUUCCGGGCCGCUCGGCAGACGGUCCGCCUUCAGAAAGAACGCCCCGCGGGAAGCCCGGUUUCGAACGCCCCAACCAGAGGGGCCAAAUGUCAGCCAUCUCAGACAGCGGAAAUCCAGGAACAUAGCACGCUGGAGGAGGUGCUGAGAACGUCCGAGUCCACCUCCAGGCCGGAUGUUACUCUGCCUCUGCGCCGCAGGAGGAUGCCAAACGUGCGAGGUCCUUGUCUUGAUAAAAUUCAAGGGGAAGCUUGCUGAUAAAAAGCGAAUACAGUUUGUCACACGUGUAGUAAAAGUGGUCGCAGAACCGUGUGUGUGUGUGUGGCCUUUUUUGUUGUUGUUUUUUUUUUGUUGCUUUCGUCGACAAACCGACUUGAUGAUAAACAGAAGAAGAAAGACUUUUCAGAACUAUUAAGUGCCAUUUCCAUCAAUGAUUGUUCUUUCACGAUCCUUUAUCAACAUCAUUUUAGCCGUGUUCCUCAACUUUUGUUCAUGUUUUAUUCCUCCUUUCAAAUAAAGCUUUGUUGU